GCCAAGGAAUUGAAGCAUCUCAUCUCUGAAGCUGCAUGAUGCAAUUGCUGUGCUGUUCUUCAACAAUCUGGAGGUUUCGCACUCUCUCUUUCUCUUGAAGAGUUUGAUCUUCUUAAGAGCUUCCAUUCUUCCAGCAUUUUGUGCUAUAGUAUGUACAUGUUCUUCAGUAAUGAGUCUAAUGACUAUAUUCAGGAUGGUCCCGGCAAUAGCACUUUGUUAUGUUACUAGCAGUAUACAAAAAAUCCUUUUUUAAAAAAAAACAGUUUACAGACAUUUUGUGCAUGAAAUGUGUGGGCAUUUUGUUAGAUUCUGUUCUCUUUUUUCUUUGUCAGGAAAAACAUGCAAAAAUUAAAAUGAUCCUACCGGACAUGAUGUUCAGCUUUACUACAUUAAUUAUGGCCUCCUCUUAAUUACUUGAACUGCAUCUUAAUAUCUCCACACAUAUGGGCUGCCUUCUUUCAGCUAGCAGGAAGAACUAAAUUCUCAAGGAAACUCAUGGCAGAUAUCCUAUUGCACCACAACGCAGCUCUGCCCAGAAAACAGCGGAAAUCGGCAAGAAGAAUACAUGGAAACAGCCCUGAAGCUCCCCGGAAUAGCCUUGACUCUCCACUGUACGACCAUACCACCAUCACCAUGACUAGUACUAUGAGGCAGAAGCCACCCAAGGGAAGCACCCCUCAAGACAGAACCACUGCAAAGAAUGUGAUCCACAAGGAUAUUUUUCCCAGCCAGCCGAGUGUCAUUGCACGUCUGAUGGGCAUCGGCACAAUCCCGGUAUCUGCAAAAAGGGAUGAAGUGAUGAUCCAUGCAGAAGAAGUCAGCAACCUGAAGCUGCCAAGUAAACUGGAAAUGAUCACUGUCACAUCACCCCGUUCUGCAACAUUCAGGCAAUCCAAAUGCAGCCUGAUCUCCUACGGUAGCAGCAGUGUUGAUUACACUUACAGGCAUUGUCUCAAGAAAAUGAGACCGCGAAGAAGUCGUUCGCGUCAGCAUCAUCCACAGGAGGAGCUGCUUGAGAAGAUCAGGGAGGAUUUCCAGGCAUGGCAAACAUCCAAAGCACUGGAGAAUGCAAGAACCGUUUUUACAGCUUCAGGGUGUCCUACUAUUACUAGUAGUAGACACCGCAUGGAAGAAGGUAGGUACAUUCAGAUUCUUGCACAGGAGAACCUGCACAAGGAAAAGAUGGCCAAAUUUGGCUAUGGAAGCUGCACGAUUUCCAUGGCAGAGAAAGACACCCUGAAGAAUGCUACAGAUAAUAGUAGUGAUACAGAGAUUACUUCAGCAAAAGCUGCAGCAGAAUCUAACAUAUCUCCUGGAGAUAAGGUCAUAAAGGUUUUAAGGGUGAGCCACUGUGCAACGAUGCCGGACAAGUUCAGAGAUUUGGAGGAUGAACAUAAUAACAGUAUAAGCACGUCUGCGAAACCACGUUCCCAGAAACGGAUAGUGCUCCUCAAGCCUAGUACUUGUGACAUUGUUGCCAGUGACCAAGAAUCGUUGUUCAGUUCAUCCAAGGUGAAGAGGGAAGGGAACAUGGAGGAGUUUCUUGAGGAGGUGAAGGAGAGGCUCAAGAAAGAGCUCAAGCUCAAGUCCAAAAGUGAGGUUGUCAGGAGAAGCUGGGGUACUACUGACCCGAAGCAAAUCGCUCGAGACAUCGCGAAGCAGAUCAGAGAGACAGUGAGAAGGCAGGAUCUUGGUAAGAGGCUGUACUCCCGAUCAGAAUCAUUCAGAGCAUUCAGGAGUGACCGCAAGCGCAACGCUGCUGCUACUGCUGCAAGAAAUGCAUCUCCGGAGCACGUCAGUCCGACGAGUGUCACCUCAAGAACCAGUGGAACCAAUCAAGGGUCCAAUGAUUGUUCUCCUCCAAUAAUCAGAAGAAGCAGAGGAAGAAUAAGGUCGUUGACAGAUAUGCCUCUGUCAGUGUCAGUGUCAGAGUCAGUUCCAGCUUCUGGCUUUGAUGACCAAAGCUACACAGGAGAAUGCAAGUUUGCUGACGCCAACGUCGUGUCGCCACGGGCACUAGUCCGGUCAUUCUCUGCACCGGCGUCAGGGAUCUCUCGAGGUCGCCUGUUUGCAGAGGACAAUAAUGUGGACAGCGGUAGGCAUGGGAAUUCAGACGCGGUUUCUGAAGGUGCAGCAGUAGCAGCGAGCAAGAACAGCAGCAGCUUCAGUUUGAGAGGGACAGUGUCAAAUCUGCGGAACAGCUUGAGAUCGAGAGCCAACAAGCUGUUCGGGAAGAAGACGCAUUGGUCACUGAAGCCAUCGUUGGGCGAGUUCCACCCACACAAGAUGGCGAUCGGCAUGUUACCACCGUCACCUCCUGAAAUUUUGAGCCCUUUCAUCGUUGCACAGGAGAAUUUCACCGAGCUGCCUCCUAGCCCGGUGUCCCCGUUGGAGGUUAAAGGCAGCAGUUCCCGCCAUUUCUUCAGCGAUCUGAACUGCAACUUGCCAGAACUGAGCCCGAAAAGUUGGUCAGAAUUUGAUACAACACCCAUAGCCAGCAAUGAAUCAUCAUCAUGCAAGAACAGGACGAACGCAACUGAAACCGAGGAGAGCUAUACUGAGAUGGCGUACAUAAAGCAAGUCCUCAUUGCCGUGGGACUAUACGAAGACGGGUCGUCGUACUCGUCUCCAUCGAUGAUGAACAAUGCCCGGGUGGACUCAAUGGCAAGAAGGCCGAUCUGCGACUACGUCUUCGACGAGGUAGAGGAGACCUACAACACUGAAGAAGAUGCAGCUGAUCACAGGAUGCUGUUCGACCUGGCGAACGAAGCGCUUGAGAUCACCAUGAUGGGUAGCACGAAGACCGGGUCGUCGCUGUGGCGGUGGGUCGUCGACAGCACCGGCGUGUCGCCGGGGAGGAAGCUGCUCGUCGAUGUGUGGCAGCAGGUGCAGAGUGUGAGGAACCCUCCGGUGCAGCAGGAGACGCAGACAGUGGAGAGCAUGGUGGCACGAGAGGCCUGGACAUCGCCAUGGAUUGAGGUGUUGCAUGAGGAUUCCUAUGUUUUGGGGAGGAAGCUCGAACGUGCCAUCUUCGACCAGCUCAUUGCUGACAUUGUGCAGGAGCUCUUCAUCUCACAAAAUGCAGCUGAUUGA